AUGUCAAAACUGUCCCCCUACAAUGCCCGCCACGUGCUGGUAGAGAAUUUAGACCAGGGAAAAUGGAUCCAAACCCGCAAAAUCAACUACCAAGAUCCUACCGGCUCGGACCGAGUAUGGGAAAUGGCAGUCAGAACUACGCGUACCGCCACAACCAACGUGGAUGCCGUGUCGAUCGUGUCAGUGUUACAUCACCCUGAUCGUCCCAAGGAAAUUGUGCUUGUCAAGCAGUACAGACCCCCCACCCAAAAAGUGGUGCUUGAGUUGCCAGCAGGCUUGAUCGACCCCAAGGAGCUGAUCGAGUCCACAGCUGAGCGUGAGUUGCUUGAGGAGACGGGAUACCACGGAAAGUUUGCCAGACAGUCCAUUGUCACCUACAGUGACCCUGGGUUGACCAACGCUAACAUGGUUCUCGCAUAUGUGGACGUGGACUUGAGCGACGUGCACAACAAGCUGCCCCAGCCCCAGUUGGAAGAUGGUGAGUUCAUAGAGACGUUUACUUUGCCGUUAAACAACUUGUUGGCUGAGCUUGAAGCCGUGAUCCAGCGCGAGGGAUGUACCGUUGAUGCACGGUUGUACCACUUUGCGGUGGGAUUGGACCUCGCCAAGCAGUUGUGA